AUGGCUCCCAAAUCCUGGCUCUCCAUCCCGGCGUCAAGCCCCUUUUCGCUCGCCAAUAUCCCAUUCGGCAUCAUCUCAACCGCCGCCAACAAGACCCACAGACCAGCCGUUGCCAUUGGUGAUCACUGCCUGGAUCUCAACGAGUUCGCCGCGGGCGGCGGCUUCAAAGAUGUCCAGGUCGACACCUCUGUCUUUUCAUCGCCGACGUUGAACGCUUUUGCAGCUCUGGGUCGGCCCGUCCACCGCUCCGUCCGCACCUUUCUCCAGGAUGUCUUUGCCGAGCACACAAAGUACCCUCAGGUUCUCAUGAACAACGAGUCGCUACGAAAAUCGGCCAUUCUGCGGAGAGACCAGGUCCAGAUGCACUUGCCCAUGCAGAUCGGAGACUACACUGACUUCUACGCCGGCAAGAAUCACGCCUUCAAUGUCGGCUGCUUGUUCAGGGGUCCGGACAAUGCUUUGCAACCCAACUACACACAUCUGCCAGUAGGCUACCAUGGUCGAGCAUCCUCAGUCGUGGUAUCAGGUACGCCCAUCAAGAGGCCGAAUGGCCAGAUCCUCGAGAACCCGGCAGCGGAUCCCAAAGUGCCCAUCUUCAGCCCCUGCCGCCGUCUAGACAUUGAGCUUGAGCUUGGCGCCUUUCUAUGCAAGGACAACGAGAUGGGAAGUCCAGUACCAAUCGCCGAGGCUGCAAACAACAUCUUUGGGCUGGUGCUGAUGAAUGACUGGUCCGCCCGCGACAUUCAGGCGUGGGAAUAUGUCCCUCUCGGACCCUUCAACUCGAAGAACUUUGGCACCACCAUUAGCCCCUGGGUGGUCUUGAUGGAUGCCCUAGAACCCUUUAGGACAAAAGGCAUACACAACGAUACCAAGCUCUUGCCAUAUUUGACCGAAAAGGAAGAGAAGAAUGUCUACGACAUUAGAUUGACCGUUGAUCUUGCGGUUGAGGGCCAACAGCCGUCCACUAUCCUCAGAUCCAACGGAAAGCACCUGCUCUUCUCAUUUCCGCAGAUGCUGGCUCAUCACUCCAUAGGUGGAUGCCCCAUGCGAGUCGGUGAUCUGUUCGGCUCUGGCACCAUAAGUGGGACCGAGCAAGGUACCGAGGGCGCCAUGCUCGAGUACACCAAGGGCGGCAAAGAAUCCCUCAAAUUGACCGGGGGCGAGGAGCGGAAAUUUCUCCAAGAUGGAGAUACCGUGGCAUUGUAUGGAGUCUGCGGUGAUGAGGAGAGCGGUCUGGUCGGUUUUGGCGAGUGCGUGGGUCAGAUCUUGCCGGCACCCAAGCUAUAA